CUUCAAUAUCUCUGCCGUCCGCGAAUGCGGGGAUAGCUGAGCGGUUAUGUCUUAAUCUGGCUAUCGGCAUUGAGAAUCAGGGGAAGUUGGGGUUAGCGAGCGGGGACACCUCUUGAUGGUAACCCAAGGGGGCUGUCAGGUGCAGCUUAUGGACUGGUGGUGUGUGAUAGGAGACUUGUUGUGUUUGACAAUAACUCUUCUAUACGUAAGAGUUUACUUCAAAUGCUAUUCAUGCACAUCUGAUCACCGAUGCGGUUCUCGAGUUGAUCAGUACCUACCUAGUUUCUUGGUAGAAGACGGAGUAUCGCAAGAAUGGUAGGUGCCGUCAUAUCAGCGAAUCCUUUACAGCUGGAUAUACGAAGUCAUAAGAAGUGCCUAGCUAUUUGCUUCGUCGUAACCGUCUCGAGUUUUCAAUAUGGCCUUGACUACGCACUUGUCGGUGGCUUUAUGGCGAUGCCCGGCUUUUUGAGAGUAUUCGGCUACUACGACGAACCGGCUGGCAAGUGGGCUAUAGACCCGACCGUCCAACAACUCAUCUCCUCUCUCAUGACUAUUGGAACGUUCGUUGGCUCGCUGUCAGUUGGGCCCUUCAGCUCUAAGUUUGGGAGGAGAUAUGGCCUCUGGGCAGCUUCGGUGUUAAAUUACUUAGCCACAGCAGUCAUGAUCGGGACGACCAAUUUUGGAGCCCUCUACUUUGCGCGCUUUCUUCUUGGAAUCUCGGUGGGCUGGUUUCUCACCUUUGCUCAGGUUUAUAUCAACGAAGUAGCUCCCGCUCACCUUCGAGGACUUGCAUUCGCCGUAUACCAAAGCCAAUUAUGCAUCGGGUCCAUCGUCGGGGCUGCGAUAGAUAACGGGACGCACACUAUGCUCGGCAAAGAAGCAUAUCGCAUACCUUUAGCGAUAUUUUUUGUCGCUCCGACUAUUCAGACCAUUUCUCUUUUCUUUUUCCCGGAAAGUCCACGGUGGCUCAUGACACAUGGAAGAGAGGCGGGUGCCGAGUCAGCUCUUCGCCGACUCCGCAACAAAAAUAUCAAAGAGGCCGAGCUUCGUGCAGAAUUUGAAGAAAUCAGAGUUUCUACGGUAGGACAAUCAGGCCAUCUUGAGGGGAAACAUCUAUGGAUCGAAAUGUGGAAGGGUACAGACCGACGUCGUUCUCUCCUAUCCAUAGCAGUCAUCUGCUUCCAUUGUGCUAAUGGAUCCUCUUGGUUAAAUAUCUAUACAACUUACUUCCUCAGUGUUGCCGGAGUAAAGGAAGCUUUCGCGCUUUCCACUAUGAUAACGUGCAUGGGACUCAUUGGAGUCCUGGCCAGCGUUUUCAUAGUCCUGUACGUUGGCCGUCGUGUCAUCCUGCUUAUUGGGGUGAGCGCAUGCGGUUUAUGCCAGCUCGCGUUUGCCAUCUCCUGGACCGUGGCCCCAGGGACAGAGGUUGCAGCUAAGCUAGUAGUCGCAUUCAACGCGCUGUUCACAUUCUUUUAUGUCGCCUACGCUCCUUACGCAUGGCUCCUAGGUGGUGAAUUACCUAGCAACCAUCUCCGAGCUCAUACCUACGGCGUAGGCACAGCACUCAACUUCCUGGGAAACUGGUUGGGCGUAUUCACCGCACCGUACUUCAUCAACCCAGCCAGUCUGGGAUGGAGCGCCAAAUAUGGGUAUAUAUGGUUUGUAUCCAAUAUGGCAGUUCUCAUAUUCACAUGGGCCUUUAUACCUGAGACGCGAGAUCGGACUCUAGAAGAGAUCAAUGAGAUAUUCGAGGCCAAAGUCUCGGCGCGGGAGUUUAAGACUUACGUCUGUGCAGGUACGGAAAGGUUAAGAGACUCAGCGAUGGGAAAAUUUGACGUAAGCGUAGCUUCUGUUGAGAGACGACCUAGUAGGUCUAUAUAGUUAGUCCUGAUAGGUGGUGUUGUCUUGGGUUACGACAGUUAAGCUUACCAGGGACAAAAAAGCACGUUAUUUUACCCUCUAGUCCCUGGCUGCUGACUUGAGCCAGUAAAGGAGAUAUCUAGCGCUAUCUGCCAAUAUUAUGAUCCCGUUCGGCUGAAGCUAUUUUGUUAUUCACAUAAUGGCUUGAUAGAAGUUAGCUGUCUUGGGUAGUAAGUACAUUAUGACUCAGAA